AUGGCCGCCAAGCGCGUGCUGGUCCCCAUCGGCAAUGGGUCCGAGGACAUUGAGUCGGUCACGCUCGUCGACGUCCUGCGACGGGCGGGGGCCGAGGUAACGCUGGCCUCGGUCGAGUCCGGGCUGGAGGUGACUUUUGCCCGGAAGGUCAAGGUGCUGGCGGAUGCCCUGAUCGGGGACCUGUCUGGUCAGACAUUCGACCUGGUAGCCCUUCCUGGGGGUAUGCCUGGCGCAGAGCGCCUGCGAGACUCGGCGGAGCUGCUCGUCAUCAUGCGCAAGCAGAAGGAGGAGGGCCGACUGCUGGCAGCAGUCUGUGCCAGUCCCUCCGUAGUUCUGCACCACCAUGGGCUGAUUGGGGAUGCGCCCGCCACAGCCCACCCGGGCUUCUCGGGUGCCCUGUCCAACCAGGAGGCAGUUCAGCAGCGAGUGGUGAGAUCGGGUACGGUCAUCACGAGCAGGGGUCCCGGGACGACGCUGGAGUUUGCCCUCCGGCUCGUUGCCGAGUUGUACGACGAAAAGAAGGCUCUGGAUGUGGCGGGUCCCAUGGUUGUUGCUGCAGGCUGGGAGAAGGCCCUAGAGUAG